AGGAUCUGAACUGGCGAAAACGUUGCUAAAGUGUCAUUAGCUUCUGCAGCUCCGUUUAAACGGAGUCUGUCUCGUUUCAGUUUUUUUCUACAUAAUAAACAUACGUAUAUAUGAACGUGGCAACGUUGUCAGAACAAUGCACUUGUCUUUAGUCGGCCUCACUAAGUCAUGGACCAAAGACUAAGUAGGAGGGAGUUUAGGAGCACGUCCUAUUGGCUGAUGUGGGAUAAGAGCGUGAUCAGCGUAGAGGAAGCGUGAUUCACACUGAGAUCAGGAGUGAUGGCAACCCACACUAAGCCCGUUCUUCAUGGAUACUUCAGAAGCUCCUGCUCCUGGAGGGUUCGCAUUGCUUUUGCUUUGAAGGGUAUUGAAUAUGACCAGGUCCCAGUCAAUCUGAUCAAAGACGGGGGUCAGCAGGUACAGUAUAGAGUCACUGGAUCCAUUUCAAUGCAUUGAAACAUGUAAUAAACUAUUAGAUCACGUUUAGAUAGUACCAAAGUGUGAACUGUGUUUGGGAUCAAGCUCACAGAGGAGUAUAAAAAGUUAAACCCCAUGCAACAAGUGCCUGCAGUGGAAGUCGAUGGCAUCCGCCUCUCUCAGUCGCUGGCAGUGAUCCAGUACAUCGAUGAGACCAGGCCCGGCCCGCGGCUCCUUCCCGCAGACCCAGUCAAGCGUGCGCAGGUCCGCAUGAUAAGCGAUCUGAUUGCCUCUGGGAUCCAGCCUCUACAGAAUUUAUACGUGCUGCAGAAAAUGGGAGCAGAGAAAGUGCAGUGGGCUCAGCACUUCAUCGUUCGUGGAUUUGAAGCUCUGGAGCCCAUGCUGAAGCAAACAGCUGGGAAAUACUGUGUAGGCGAUGAGAUUUCCAUGGCGGACGUCUGUCUGGUUCCACAAGUCUACAACGCAGAGAGGUUCAAGGUGGACGUUGACGCAUAUCCAACCAUCAAAAUGCUAAAUCAGACCCUAGUUGAGCUCGAGGCCUUUAAAGUGACCCACCCGUCUCGCCAACCAGACACACCCGUCGACCUGCGCGCAUGAAACAGGAGCUUCAGAUGCAGUCACUUUGUAUGUUUUUCAAUAAAAUUGCUUGAAAGGAA